AGUUCAGCGGUUUAACGUUUCAGUAGAAUAACCGUCGCGGAACGCGCGCUUUAGAACGAACGAUCGUUGUUUUUCAGAAAAUCAAAAAGGCAGAAUUAGAAUUGAACGGCCAAGUGUGCGUACAUACUCUUGCGGUGUACGAGUUAGAAGAAAUCUGCGAAAUAGAAAUGGUCUGUCCUCUACAAAAAUUCUUCAAUGCACUUUCUAAACGCACGGAUAUACGGAUAAUCCAGCGCUAAUGAAGCUAUCUCUUUGGAGAGACCGAGGACGGGAGGUUCGGCGAUCUCGACGUAAAAGUUAGUUAAACUCGCUCUUACGAUCGGACCGAAAGGCAUGCUAAUUAAGAGACGAGGUCACCUACAUUGACAGGGAGACAACCCGUGCCCGGUGAAACGCAAGUUACCAUUCCAAUAUGGUGUUUUUCAUUGAACGAGAAAUAAAUCUAUCUGGGCCGGAACCAAAGGCGGCGAACUAGUCCUGAUAACUCAGCUUGUUUCUCCAAUUAAAAUCAAAAGAGCGAGGAUCUCAAGUAGAACGCAGCACACUUUCGAUUCAGCAUACGGAUUUAAGAUGUCCCGUAAUCACAAGGACAAGUAUGAAAAUUCUAAUCCACAUCGUACGCACACUAUCAUGUCCACGGAGGACGCAAACUCCGGGAAGAAAUCUUAUUGGCCGGAGUUGGAGAUAACAGGCAGUAUAAGAAACUUGAGUCCAAAUUUAUGGCAGCUAACUCAUCUAACGGCAUUGUAUCUAAAUGGCAAUAGUUUACAAAGAAUACCAUCAGAGAUUUGCCGUUUAACGAAUUUACGUGCUUUAGAUCUGAGUAGCAACAAAUUGCGCAGUUUACCUGCGGAACUGGGGGACCUCAUCUACCUCAGGGAGUUGUUAUUAAACCAAAACUAUCUUCGCGUGUUACCGUACGAGUUAGGAAAAUUAUUCCAGUUACAAGUGCUAGGACUUCAAGGUAAUCCUCUCAGCAAGGAAGUAAUGGCGUUGUACGGAGAACCAUCUGGAACCCACAAGCUGCUGUCGUACAUGCUGGACAAUUUACAAGUAACCGCUAAUCAUCCACCACAAAGACCAUGGAUUCCACUGACAAGGCCCAACAGGACAAGACCGACCUGUAUAUUUACGGUAAUGUGUUACAACGUGCUGUGCGACAAGUACGCGACACGGCAAAUGUACGGUUAUUGUCCAAGCUGGGCUCUCGAUUGGGAAUAUCGGAAAAAGGGAAUCCUCGAUGAAAUACGGCAUUAUGCCGCGGACAUCAUCAGCUUGCAGGAGGUCGAGACGGACCAAUUCUACAAUUUCUUCCUGCCAGAGUUAAAGCACGACGGUUACGACGGUAUCUUCUCACCGAAAUCGCGAGCUAAGACGAUGGCCGAGAACGACAGGAAGUACGUCGACGGUUGCGCUAUUUUUUACAGAACAGCCAAAUUCACCUUGAUAAAGGAGCAUUUAGUCGAAUUCAAUCAAUUGGCCAUGGCAAACGCCGAAGGUUCGGACAAUAUGCUGAACAGAGUUAUGCCCAAAGAUAACAUUGGAUUGGCUGCUCUUCUUAGAACGAAGGAAGCCGCUUGGGACAACGGUCUGCCGUCAGAUCCAGCACAAGUACAACAGCCAAUUUUAGUUUGCACAGCCCACAUUCAUUGGGAUCCUGAAUUUUGUGAUGUUAAGUUGAUACAAACAAUGAUGCUAAGUAAUGAAUUACGUUCCAUUUUGGACCAAGCUGGCCAGUCUUUCCGACCUGGUCACAAGCCAGACUCUUCCAACGUGCAGCUUCUACUUUGUGGUGAUUUUAAUUCCCUACCCGAUUCAGGUGUCAUUGAAUUUCUUACGUCGGGACGUGUUGCGGCCGAUCAUCGCGAUUUUAAGGACUUAGCUUAUAAAUCAUGCUUACAAAAGAUCUCUGGUUGCGAUAAACCUAAUGAAUUUACACAUUCUUUCAAACUUGCAUCUGCCUACAGCGAAGAUAUUAUGCCUUACACUAAUUACACGUUUGAUUUUAAGGGCAUAAUAGAUUACAUUUUCUAUUCGAAACAAAGUAUGGUACCGUUGGGACUUUUAGGGCCGUUAAGCGCUGAUUGGUUUAGAGAACAUAAAGUGGUAGGUUGUCCGCAUCCGCACGUACCAUCUGACCACUUUCCAUUGUUAGUAGAACUAGAAAUGACACCAACAGUAGGAACAAGCAACGGUUUGAUCUCACGCAGGUAGCAGCCGCUGCGAUCUAGACCCAAGUAAUAACAAGGGAAUGAUAUACAAUAAUAAAAAUGAAAUCCUUAUCACUCCUUCUCUUACUUCAGGCUCUAGCAAUAUCACUCGCAGUCGACUACUACUCUAAUAGCGAAUAUUACGAAUACUCCACAUUGCCGCACAUUCAACAUGCUGACAGACAUAUUGAUGAAUAAUUCUAAUGACCAGGUGAAGGGAGUCGUGUUGUAAUGCGUUUAGCCCAUGUAUAGUGUAUUGCAUUUUUAAGAACUAACUUCCCAUAUUAAGAGUACCAUAAACUCUCUAUUACCAUCAUAAUAUGUAGAUACACCUAUUUUCCUACAAAAAUGAUAUUCCGAUCAAGCCUCUGUGAUAUCGUCAUAAACAAUUGGAACAAUUUCACAUAUUUAUUAACUAACAAACUAGUAUCUACUAGAAAAAAUCCUAAUCUCUUCCUAAAUGUCAUUACAACAUUCUCCAAGCCAACUUUUGAUAAGAAUGCUGCCAUCCAAUGACAAAUUGUAUUUUUAAACAAAAGAAAACAAAAAAAUAUGAAAACAUACACGCUAUACUGGGCUGUGCGAAGUGAUCGGAGUUGACUUAACAAUUUCAAUGCAAGUACAAAUCUGUUCUUAUUGGCCACUUAUAUUGAUAAUGAUAAUGUUAUAUAAGGAAAUAGAUGAUAUUUGUAGCAAAUGUAAUUGUAAGUAUGGUAAAAUGUAACGAUGUUCGUCUAUCAUAGUAACAUUGAGAUAUAUCAGUUGACAUUCAUCAUUAGGUAUGUUCAGUUCCAAUUAUUAAUAUAAUAUAUCACAUCCAAUUUACUACUUGAUAAUUCAGUUGUAAAGUAGAUAAAUAUUAUAGGUAUUAAAUACCUGAUAUGUUCGCGUCACAUACAACUGCAUUUCUUUCGUCAACAAUAUAUAUUAUUUGACGAUACAUUUGAUGCCAUGUAUUAUCGUUGAAAGCAGUAAAUAAAAAAAUUGGCAAUUUAUUAUAUUAAAUAUCUUAAGAAAAUAUAUAUGUAUAUCGAAAAUAAAUUUUUAGUACGAGUGCAAUGAUUACGAUGGUUACCAUAUGUAAAAUUCGUAAAUACACAACUGAAUUAUGCGAGUAGUCAAACAUUUAUUUGUCAAAGACGUAUGUGUAGUAAAUGUUGUAUAAAGUAGACUAUUAUCUUAUAGUUUUAAUUAACGAUCGUAGAAAUGGCAUUCUGAACUGUACAUUCAUUCAUUCACAAUACAUUUUCAUGUGACAAGUACACGGUCCUUGGAAAAAAAAUGUAUGAAACUUUAUAUAGCUUAAUGACUUCGGGCCUAACGUAAUACAUUAAUACUAUUUCUCUUGCAAUAUAUUUAACAUCAAACAUUUCAAUCGCAACAAAUACAUAAUCGUCAUAUCGUUUUAACUAAUCGUAAACGAAAAAAAAAAAAAAGGAACAUAUAUCAUUUCUUUCACCUUUACGAAAACGGUGACGAAAAAUUUCCAACUAAAGUUUAUUUUUUCAUACUAAAGUUUAUUUAGAAUGAAUAAAUGAUAGAUAUUUGAUCUAAUUUAUAAAACAAUAUCAAUCGUUUUGCGGCAAUUGAAUGUUUCAUUAUAAUAAAUAUAGGUGACAUCCUAUAUAGCAUAAUAUAUUAUUGUAAGAAUAUUUGUUGUUAAAAAACACAUGUUUUAUGAAUGUUUUGUCAUCGAGAACGUAUUUAAUUUAAUUAUUACAAAACCAAAAGAUUUCAUGAAUUCAUACGAAUGCUAAUCAACUGCAAUAUAUUAAAAAAAAAGAAAAAAAAAAAAAGAAAAAAAGAACAAACCAUCAAGCAAACAAACAAACAAACAAAUAUCUCUCUUACGGACGAAUAGAUUAUGUUAUAAUAAAGAAAUUUAUAUAUCAGCAUUUAAAAUACUAGGUAUUUAUAAAACUUUUUAAAUAUACUUUCUUGCUAAGUGUGUCUUAUAUAUGCUAAACUAUGAGUCUAUGAGUCUAUGAGUAAUCUGCUAGUAUUUCAUUACUUAGAAUAUAAAUAUAUAAAUGGUUAAGUUUAGACCAAUAUAAUUAUUACAUGCAAUUGUAAAGCGAUAUAAAUCGGUUAAAUUAUGUUCAUUUAAAAAUAUGAACAAUAUAUCGUUGCACUUUAAGCAGCACUUAGUAAGCCUUAUUAUUUAAAUAGAUAUACAAAAAACGCUAUUAGAUAACGAUCGUGCUCUUAUGCAUUUUGGCUUACAAUAAGACUAUAACAAUGAAGUACUAACGAUUACCAUACAAUUAGCUUGAGUACUGGGAAGCUCUGAAGAAUCGAUAAUUAACUUAUAAAUCGUGGUAGCCUUUCCGUGUCACGACGCCUGUAGCUUAAAUGAUAUGUACACUAAGUAAGUUACUUGUAUCACUUAUAUCAAUAUUAUGUGCAAUGUUUAUUGAUAAUAUAUUUUUAUUACUCUUUAUUCCUCGAUAUAUAGAUUUUUCCGAGAUCAGUAUUAAAUUAUAACUGAUAUAAUUUAUGUGAAUAAUUAUUAACAAAAAAUAUUGUAAAGAAUCUAAACGCUUUGUGUACUAGUUUAUACAUAAUAUUGAUCUUACAGUGAUACCAUGUCUUACUGCCCAUAUGUCUCUCUUUCUCUUCUCUCUCUCUCUCUCUCUCUCUCCCCCCCCUCUCUUUCUCUUUCACUUUUUCAAUUAUAAAAUGUUACAAAAAUAUAUACAAAGAUCUUAAGUAAUUGUAAGAAGUUUUUCUGUCAGUUAUUACUUUUAAGAAUCAUUUCCAAAUGCUUUCAUUUUUAUAUUAUAGUUCGUCAAAUUUUCUUCAAUUGUAAAAAAAAAGGUUUGAUAAAUCCUUUAACAUGAGAAUAUAACGUUUUAUUUUAACUGAAAAUCAAUUUAUUACAAUCUUCAAAGUAAAAUGUAAAAUAUUUUUAAUUGUAAAGUAAUUAAUAUAUACGGCAGAACUGAUGUUACAUUGUUCUUAUAUUUCUUUGUAAUAAUAGAAAUUAAUAUAAAUUGAGUUAAAUAGUUGCCAAAUUUUUUCCAAUAAAUAUUUACAAUUGCUUUUUUUUUAGAAAUGGAUCAUACAAGAUAAUUAUCUUUUAUUGUCCGUACGAUGUUAUAUAAUUAUCCGCUAAUAGAAAUAAAUUUGAAGGAUCUAUCAAACUUCUUUUCAAUGAGAAACAAUGUUUCAUUUAUAAAAGAAAAAAUUAAUCAUAUUUUAUAACAUGAAUAUAUAUGUAUAUAUAUGUUAUAUAGAUAUAAUAUACAUAUUAUAUACAUAUAAUGUAUAGAUAUAUAUAUAUAUAUACACACCCACGCAUAUACAUAUCUAGAUAGUUUUUGUCUUUAUUGGAACAAUGAGUACCUUUAAAAGUAUUUUAUUUUCAAUUUAUUAUCUGUUUUUUGGGCAUAUUUCUAGAAAAAGAAUCUUUUCAUUUGCCUUAUUUAUUAUACAUCUUCUGAGCAUCUCCAGCAUGUAUAUCAUUCAAAUAUAUUAGUCUUAGAAGAGUUAAUAUUAAGUAGAUAUUUUUACGUGAUUAUAAUAAAUAUUCUUUGUGAGAUUCUGUACAAUGCGAACACUGUGUUCUGUUGCUUGGAAUGUUUAGUGUAUUUGUAUAAUUUCCAACUUUAUAACGUGUAAUUAAUGCCUGUUCUUCUCUGUACUCUGCAAUUUAGGUAUAAUAUGAUAUAACUUACUUAAGAAUAUAAUAUAUAUAUAUAUAUAAUUACACAAAGAGACACUAUGUAUGCAAUACUGCAUAAGUUUAUAUUAUUCAACUAAUCAAGAAACAUUUUGUUUAUUAUCAAACUUGAAGAGAAAAAAAAAAAGAAAUUUUUAUAGAAGUUAUUAAAAAACAUUUAAAUAAAUUUUAGUAUUCUCGUAAAUUCAGAUUUUCAUUCGAAGCAUCAAUUUUAAUGAGAUUAAUCUAUUUCUUGAUUUUUCGGCCGGAACUUAAAGGGUGUUAUGAAAUCGUAAACGAAUAAUAUGCGAUUCUAUGUAAUCAUGUCAUUUAGUACAGAGAGAUUAUUGAGAUGACUUUAUUUGCUUCGAUGAAAGUUUUAUUUGUUUAUGAAGGUAUAAAGAGAAUAUAAGGUAUGUAAUUCUGAGAUAAAAAAAGAACGAAUUAGACUGUCCGAGGUAAUAAUAAUAAAAAAACAAAAGAUACAAGCGAUUCCUGACCUCAUAUGUGGUAUUGCACGAGUGUCGAUAUUUGACUUCCAUAGAUAAGAAUUAAGUUAUACAAAAUAAUAAUAAGAUGAGCACAGCACAUUUCAGCCUGUACUUUUAUAAAAAAAAAAAACGUUCAAAAAUUGUAAACAUUGGAACACAAUUCUUGCGUCCUCAAAGUGCUAAAUCUGUAAAUUCAAUCAGGUUUCGUGUAAGCUUUCAAAAAUUAACUUUCGGUAAUUGAAGAGUAAAAAAGAAUUAUUCGGGAAAAAAAGCAUUUCUUUGCGAAACGUAUAUACAUUAACUUGAUUCUUGUGUAAGAGUGAUAUGCGACCUUGUGAUCGAUAGAAAGACCUAAUUAAUUAACGUAGAAAUAAUGACAAUAGUUCUUCUACUGUCACCCAAUCGUUUCUAGAAGCUAAUAACUUCUCGAUAAUUAAUAUAUUAAUUGUAGUUUUUUAAUUCACACAUCUAAAUAUAACGAAAAAGUAACUUUUAAAUCUUUCAAAUUUAGAUAUCUUCUUAAGUACAUCAUGCAUUUAAUCAAUACCGUACGUACAAUAAACACCAUUUCAUCGUACAAUAGGAAAAUAAUUGCAUUGUAUUAUGUAAUAAACAUUGUGAUUGUGACUAAUGUACAGACAUGAUUUGUACUUCCCUUUUAUAUAAACGAAUCUAAACAUUGUAAUCGUAGGGCAUAGCGAAGCACAGAUUAAUCAACCAUUAGAAGUCUCUCUUUGUUAAGCAUUCGAAAUGAAAUAAUACUCAAGAAAACAUGGAAAGUACAAAUAUGUAGCUACACGGUCCUGAUUGAAUAUUGGUAAACAAAAGUUGUAAAGACAUAACCAAGGAGAGAAUGUGUAAAAUUAUAUCAUGAUCGAAUGCUCUGUCAGUCCGCACUUAAAUACCCUUUCGUGUUAUUUGAACAUACAUUUUAAAAGUGGCAUAUACUUUACUUUUUAUUAAAAAUGCAAUGAUUGUAUAUGGGCUGCAUUUGAAUCAUGAUCAAAUGUAAUGAUUUACUAAGCGAUGCAAAAUAAAUGAAAAAGAUUUAAAGAGA